AUGUAAUCCCCUCUGCCUUGCUCCAAGGGGGGUCCCAGCGCCACUGUGUGCCAAGCGCAGACGGCGACUCAAUUCGGCGUGGAAUGUGGCGUCCAGUCCUGGGCCCCUCAAUUCACCUGCGCCACUACGUGCUCGACCAUCACCACCACCGCCACGGCCACCAUGACUGCAGUUAGCACGGACGUGACAGGAGGUCCGUCGGCCUAUCAAGGGCAGCAGAUCGCUGUCGCAUCGUACAUUAGUCCGCUGAGUGACCCGGCGGCUUGGGAUCGGCUGAUCAAGUAUGACGUGACGAAGAUGUCAAUCUUGGUUGCCAACGUCGUGAACGGACCGGACUCUGCUGUUGACACAAACUGGCAGGAUGUGAUUCAGCGAGCGUCAGAUGCUGGUAAAACGGUUCUCGGAUAUGUACGCACUGGAUACCUGGGCGUAAGCGCGCAGAAGUUCCAGACACGGCUGGGCUCUGGUGAUUUGGCAGAUUGGGCCGCCCAGGUUGAGGAAGAUGUUGAUACGUGGUACAAACUGUACGGCGACAGCAUUGGUGGCAUCUUCUUCGACGAAGGCUGGCCAGAAUGUGGCGACAAUAAUGAAUACGUGGACUUUUACAAGUAUGUCAACGCUUAUACGAAGCGUACUCACCCCGGGGCGUAUACCGUCCUGAACCCCGGGUCGCCCAUGGCGUCUUGCUUCGAGGAUACCAUGGACACUCUGCUUACAUUCGAACUGAGCUACGAUUCUUACAUUAACAGCUACACACCUAACGACUGGAUUCCCAAAGACCCGCGAAAGCUCUGGCACGUCGUGUACAACGUGUCCAAGUCCUUGAUUAGCCAGGUUGUCAAGUUAGCUAAUGAGCGCGGGGCGGGCUUCUUGCAGCUCACCAAUGACCUCAUGCCCAAUCCGUACGACACUCUGCCCGAGGACUCGUACAUCCAAAGCAUGAUGGACGCAAUGGACGGCGGCUCGCUGCUGAACGCAGAUGCAGCCGCCUGGAAGGCGGAUGGUGCAGCAGGUACGGUCACUGAGCUGACAGUGGUGACCUCAGACUACAGUUCGGUGAAAUUGUCCUGGGAUGCCGCCACAAAUGCUCAGGGCUAUAAUGUGUAUGCCGGUGGUACUCUGGUUGCCAGCGUUCCCAGCUCGAUGAAUGGAGUCACGAUUGGCGGCCUCGAUACCGGAACCAGCUACACGAUCUACGUCAGUGCCGUGGGGGAGGGCGGCACACUGGGCUCGUCUUCGAACCAGGUGACUGUCACGACCGACUCUUUGCCCGACGGCAAGACGGUGGCCAACUACAAAUCCUCUCCCCGGGAGAACUCAACCGUCAUCGAGGCUGAUGUGCUGGUGCCUUACUCCAUCGUCCGCCUCUACCUCUGGGACUCGAUCGAAUGCGAUUUCGACAAUGAUCCAGGGUGGAGUGUCAAUUUCAAAGUCGACGACUACGUCUGCGCCCACUACAUGGUUGAAGGCACGACCCUUUACCGCUACAACGGGGUCCUUCCGAAGGACUCCACCGCGCCCCCGUGGUCCUGGGCAGUAAUCGACACCGUCACCCGCGAUAUCAGCGGCUACACUUACACGUGGACCCUGCCCCUGGGCACGUCGACUGUCGAUACGAGCAAAUUCGUGGUGCAGGCGCAGGGUUACAAUCCCUGGACCAACAUCUUCGAGCCAGACCCGUCCGACUAUGAUUGUAAGGGCUCGUCCAUGUGCACCACCCCGGAUCUGCUGAAGUGGUGCGACCACGCCGUGAAUUAUCUAUCUCGAGACGACGAUUUGAAUUAUUAUUCUGCUGAGAUGAUUGAGUAA